GCCCCGCUGCUUCCCCGGCGGUGAUGGGGGCUCUCGGGCUCCGGCUCUUUCUCCUGCUGGUGCCGGCGAGCGCUUCGGCGCCGCCCGCCUGGGACCCCGCCGGUUACCUGCUCUAUUGCCCCUGCAUGGGGAGAUUUGGGAACCAGGCGGAUCAUUUCCUGGGCUCCUUGGCAUUUGCCAAGACUCUGAAUCGUACCCUGGCUGUGCCUCCCUGGAUCGAGUACCGACACCACAGGCCUCCCUAUACCAAUAUGCAUGUUUCCUACAAGGAAUACUUCAAGCUGGAACCUCUCUUAGAAUAUCACCGGGUUAUCAGCUUGGAUGACUUCAUGAAGCGAUUAGCACCCAUUCACUGGCCCCCUGGCAAGCGAGUGGCCUACUGCUUUGAAGUAGCAGCGCAGAGAAGCAGUGACAAAAGGACUUGUCCCAUGAAGGAUGGAAAUCCCUUUGGUCCAUUUUGGGAUCAAUUCAACGUGGACUUCAAUAGAUCUGAGCUCUUCGGGGGCAUUUCCUUCAGUCUAUCUUACAAGGACCACUGGAUCCAAAGGUUUCCACCAUCAGAGCACCCUGUUCUUGCCCUACCUGGAGCUCCAGCCCAGUUUCCAGUCUUAGAGGAGCAUCGGCCUCUGCACAAGUAUGUUGUGUGGUCUGAUGAGAUGGUGCAGAAGGGAGAGGCCUAUAUUCAUUCUCUCCUGGUUAGACCCUAUGUAGGAAUUCAUCUGCGGAUCGGCUCUGACUGGAAGAAUGCAUGUAAUAUGCUGAAGGAUGGGACGGCUGGAUCACACUUCAUGGCUUCGCCCCAGUGCGUGGGCUAUGACCGAAACAAUGCUGUGCCUCUCACAAUGGACAUGUGCCUGCCAGACCUGAAGGAGAUCAAGCGUGCACUCAAGCUCUGGGUGAAGACUGUGGAAGCUAUGUCUGUCUACAUUGCCACUGAUUCUGAGCCCUACACUACAGAAAUACAGCAGCUUUUCAAAGGAAAGAUCAAAGUGGUGAAUUUGCAGCCCGAAGUGGCCCAGUUAGACUUGUAUGUCCUUGGCCAAUCUGACCAUUUUAUUGGGAACUGUGUCUCUUCAUUUACUGCCUUUGUGAAACGAGAACGUGAUGUGCAUGGGCGGCCCUCCUCAUUUUUUGGCAUGGACCACCCCCCAAGACUGCGGGAUGAAUUCUGAUCAGGAGAGGAAGAGGCAGAUUUUGAUUGUUCUUGUAGCUCUGAACACUAGUGCACUGUCAGCAGACACUCCAUGAUAAAAAUGUCAUCUUAGGACAUUCAGUUCCACUAUGACAGGCCUGUCGCUAUUAAUUCCAUGAUGCCAGCAUAAGAUUAGAAAUAGAAAGUGAAUUUUAAACCAUGGGGUGGCCUCUUGUAGGAAACCUACCAUUUUCAUUAUUUGGGAAUUAUCAGCCACCACAAUCUGAUCGCGGCUCAGAUUCCCCUCUCUUCAUUUCCCAUAUCUUAUUGUUUCUCCUGCAAGUGCUGGAAAGCAUCUUGUGAUGCACCUUGGAUGACAGGUGCUCGAGAAGUGCAAACUAGUAUUACAAGGGAGCAUGGUUCAUGAAAAGGAACAUUGCCUAAAGCUGAGAACUGAGCAUCAGAAGAUCUGAGUUUUAUUUCAUGGACUCUGCUGUCUGAUAUGGGCAAGUCACCUCUGUGGCUCAGUUUCCCAUCUGUAAAAUGGGUUUAAUACUUCUACCUGACCGGAGUGUUGAGACUAAAUUUAAUAAUGUCUGUAAAUUACUUUGAGAUCUCCAAAGGGUGCUGCAGAAGUAUGGCGAUGUUGUAUCAUAAUGACGCAGUUGUCUGUUUAGUACCUGCGCUGACCAGGGCACACAGAACACUAUGGGGGCAAUCUCCUUUAGCUUGUCAUGGGCUGGUGUUUUAUGAUUUCAUAGCUAUUAUCUCUUGCUCUGAGAGGGGGAUUAUGACAUUCAGUCACAGGGACCUGUGGAGAUCAGUAAAUAUUAGAAGCUAAUAUUUUUAAAUUAAACUGAUAUUUUAAAAUAACCUCAAUAAAGGAUUAGGAGGCGGUAUGGUGGGCUUUUAUGCCAUGUAGGUUUGUGCUAAGGGUUUUUCUGCAUUUUCUCACAAAGGGCCCUCUCCACUGACAGCAAAAUCUGGUCCACAGUGAUGGUUUCCAUUGAAUUGAUUAGGGACAUUGUCCCUUUGCAGUGAGAUGCUAACAGAAACCUGGAUUAAGACUUUUGAACAGUACAGUUUAAUUUUGCCUGGGUGACUGUGAUGAUCCACAUCAUUAUCUCUGCAUGGAACAGCCUUGAUUGGACUAAGGCCUCUUGUUACUCCUGUGGCUGUUUGUAAAUGAUUGAGUUUUGGCACUCACUCCCUUUUCAAUAUUGAUUAGUUGUAUAGCUAGGGCUUGCAUCUGGGGAACUCUCUCAUAUCUGAGCAUUUUUCUUUGGUUUAAUUCUCUGUCUCCCCUUAUUUGUGUUCCUGUGGCUUAUAGUGAAUGUCAGAGGAGUUGAGGUCCAUGUUAAAUCGGAAGCUAACUAAGGUGUUAUGUCAAUAUACACUAGCCUCAUGCUUUUCAGUGCUAACUGUCAAAAAUUUGUCAGACUUGGUCACAUCAGUGGUGCUAACUGUGAGCAGGUUUUAGGUUAGCUGGGGAUUUAUGUAACUUUGGAAGCUCAUAAACCUAAGCAGUUUAGAUUCAUUGGUAUUUUCCUCCAAUUUAUGGUGGUAUUGAAAGAUGCAAUCAAAGGCUGCAUUGAUUAGGAAUGGCGAAUGAUUGAGAUUGAUUACUGAGAUUUGAAAAAUAUCAUGGUUUAGAAGAUAUAUUUUGACUUAAGGAACAUUGAAAAGAAAAUAUUUUUUGUAUUUUUUUCAUAAUAAAAACACUAUGAAAUUUA